AGUACUAACAGGAUGAGAGGUAAGGACUGACCAAAACCAAGGAGCUAUUUACAACAAUAUAAGGAUCGAAGAGGAAAGUUGGUGAAAAGAGAUAACCUAAUUGAUAUCUAGCUCUAUCCAGAACCACAGUAAACUGACCACAGGAUUACAACCACCAUGGUUACACUGGACAUCAGGACGCUGGUGGUGCGGAUACUGGAGGUGAUCCUCACCUGUAUCUCCUUCAGCCUGGUGGCAUCAGUGGGCCACAGCACUGCGUCCUUCUGGACGUGGUGCAUGUUCACCUGGUGCUUCUGCUUCUGCGUCACCAUCCUCAUACUAGUCCUGGAACUCACCAGCCUCAGCGCCAAGCUGCCCAUCUCCUGGGAUGACUUCACGACCGCUUUUGCCAUGUUGGCUACUCUAAUGGUGCUAGCAGCAUCCAUCAUCUAUCCCGUCUUCUACACUUGCCCUAGCUGCGUCAGACAUAUUGGUGCGAGCGUUACUUCCUGUCUGGCUUUCAUCCUGUACGCCGUUGAGGUCGGGCUGCUCCGGGCUAAACCUGGUGAGAUAAGUGGAUUUAUGUCCACAGUCCCAGGCCUCCUCAAGGUUCUGGAGGCCUUCGUGGCCUGCAUCAUCUUCAUCUGCUUGGACUACAACCAGUUUUCUAGGUUUCCAGGGCUCCAGUGGUGCGUUGCCGUAUACUCCGUUUGCUUCAUUUUUGCCCUGCUCGUCAUCGUUUUUACCAUCUGCCGCCUUCUGACUCUUUUCCCCGCACCGUUUGACAAAGUCCUGACAGUCUGCAACGUGUUGGCAGUGUUGAUGUACAUCACCGCUGUGGUCAUCUGGCCGUUGUACAGCUUCAAGAACAAUCCCAGGCCGAGCUCCUGCAAGAAUGGGAUUAGAUGUCCCUGGGAUAAUUUAGUGGUUAUCACGUUCAUGACCUGUUUUAACCUUGCUGCUUACAUCGCUGAUACUGUUUACUCUUUUAGGCUGGUGUUCUUUGUCAGCAGAACCUAGGUUGCAAAUAUGUGUCAUAUUUCAGCUGUUGGAAGUCCACUAGGACUCAAAGAAUGAACACGAGAGCAGGAGAAUGAUAUGUAGAGCAUCUCUUAUACAACUUCUGCUAAGCAUUUCACUGUUGUCAAUUUUUAUCAGUUAAGAUGAUGCAUUCUCUGAGAACAUGAAACUGUGUCUAAUUAUUAACGUCGGGAAGAUGUAAUCCCAAUAUCUUUGCACCCCGAUUCUCAUCUGAUCCUUCUUAAUUAUCUAAUUUUGAGACGGCAUUGAUAUGACCGCACCCAUCUCAGUUGCAGUUGAGUGCAUAUUGUUGUUGAUCUCUGAAAUAUGAAUGAAAUAUAAUAAAAGUUUGGAUUUAUAGUGCA